UCACGUGAUCCCUUCACCUGUGUCUAACCUGUUUAUCUCUGAGUCGUCGCUUCUGGUUAAAGUCAACAGUACUGUUUGCUCUUAAAGUUUGCGGUUUAAUAAGCGUCAGGAGGUAAACGCCUUCGCCCGUGGGGGUUUGCGUGAGCGUGCGGGGCAGCAGUGGACGGUUUGGACUGAAUUUCUGCUCUCGCGACUGCGUGGACUUCGACCUCCGCGAGGCACCUGUCUGCAACGAGGAAGUGUCGGCCCGGAGAUGAAGACGGGCCGUCUGUAAAUGGCCUCAAACGCGGAUUUAUCGUACAUGUCGAGCCUUUAGGUUGUGGCGAGCCCCGGCCGUUCAGUGGACAGUGUAUUUUAAAGGAGAUAAAGCUGCUUCCACCGGACAAGAUGAAUAGUUCACUUGCAGACAUAAAUAAUUCUGCCGUCCACCUGGCUGCAUCUGUUGGGCCAGACAAGUCUGACAUCUCCUCCAACAUCACCAUCAUUCAAACCAGCAAUGGCUCUGUGGUGACAGAUCAGUUCUUUUUAACCACAGUGUCUGCCCGGGCCCUCUCAGGCAUAUUUGUCUGGUCUGCCCUGCUUUUAACAUGCCACCAGAUCUACACACACCUUCGAUCCUACACCGUACCCAAUGAGCAGCGCUACAUCAUCCGGAUACUGUUCAUUGUGCCAGUGUACGCCUUCGACUCCUGGCUCAGCCUCCUGUUCAUCACCAACAACCAGUACUAUGUGUACUUCGACUCGGUUCGAGACUGUUAUGAAGCAUUCGUCAUUUACAACUUCCUGAGUUUGUCCUUUGAGUAUCUUGGAGGAGAGAGCGCCAUCAUGGCCGAGAUCCGAGGGAAGCCCAUACAGUCUAGCUGUCUGUACGGUACGUGCUGCCUCGUCGGAAUGAGCUACUCCAUCGGCUUUUUAAGAUUCUGCAAACAGGCGACUCUGCAGUUCUGCGUUGUCAAGCCCAUCAUGGCCGCCAUCACCAUCAUCCUGCAGGCCUUUGGCAAAUAUCACGACGGAGACUUCAACGUGAAUGGCGGAUACCUCUACAUCACCAUCAUCUACAACUUCUCCGUCAGCCUGUCCCUCUACGCUCUCUUCCUCUUUUUCUUCGCCACCAGUGAUCUUCUCCGGCCGUACGAGCCGGUGCUCAAGUUUCUCACCAUUAAAUCUGUCAUCUUCUUAUCUUUCUGGCAAGGAAUGGUCCUGGCCAUCCUGGAGCGCUGCGGCGUCAUCCCCAACGCGCUCUUCAUCGACGGGCACGAGGUGGGCGCCGGCACCGUGGCGGCCGGCUGGCAGAACUUCAUUACCUGCAUCGAAAUGUUCUUCGCCGCCGUCGCCCUGCGGUACGCCUUCACCUGCACCGUCUACCAGGAGAAAAAGAGCGACGUGCCAGCAGAAAACAUCCCUCCGAUGCAGAGCAUCUCCAGCGGGCUGAAAGAAACCAUCAACCCGGGAGACAUGGUGCAGGAUGCCAUCCACAACUUCUCCCCCGCCUAUCAGCAGUACACCCAGCAGUCCACGCAGGAAGUGACUCAGCCCAGCGCCAACGGGAAGGCGGCCGCAGGCAGCAAGAGCUCCCGCAAGCCCGACAAAGUCAUGCUGAUCACUUCCGACGACGAGUUCUAGCUGCGUUCCCAGCAGGACGCGGGUGUUUGCGGCCUUGCCACGCCUCUCCGAUCCCCUGGGCGCUGCAGCUGUCCUCCACAGAGCCGGACUGAUCCCAGGUGUUUAAUUUUCACUGUCCCAGUAUUCAAGAUGGACGGCUCACUUCUGUUCUCUUCUAAUGAUCCCGAAAGCGCCGGGAGGGAGGUAAAUGAGAUUUUUAAAGCUAAUUGCUCGAUCGCCAGCGAAGUGAUUUAUCUCCGUCUUAGCAGUAAUGAAAGCAUGAAAAUGGCGUGCGGGAGACGCCCGCCUGAUGCCCGACUCCGUCCCCGCCACCGUGUCACCGCUCCCUCCGAUUCCCGUCACUUUCAAAAGAGGAUGUGAUUAAUACGCGACUCCAGGUGGGGAAGCAGGGGGAAACGGCGCCGCCUGAGAAGAGGGCGCCCCACGGACGGUUUUCUCUUGUGCUCGUUUGAAGUAUUUGCUGAGCAUUCCCCGACAAACGGAAGGAUUCGUUCAAAGGCACAUUAGUUUUGGAGCAGGCGCUUCAAAACCGCAGACCGCGCGGCACAGUCCUUUUGUACGCAACCAGAACGGGAACAAAAAUCGGACAAAACGCCGUCUGACAAAGCACAAGUGAACACAUCCUCAUUAAUUCCCUCAAUAUGCGAACGAGUCUAACAAGCAGCUGUUAAACACGCCAACCUUUUGCUUCCCGCAGCCUCUGUCUGCACUUAUCUGAGCGCUUCUGGCUUUUUGUGAUUGACACGUUUAUAUAACUUACAGAAAUUCCCCCAAUUUUUUUUUUUUUUAUCGAGUUUUUACAUAUUUAUGUAUUCAAUCAUCACUUUUCUCUCCUAUACGUCCCUGUUAUACAUUUGUGGUGUCUGGACUUGCAGUACUAAUACAAAAGCAUUCUGGCAGGACAGUUACUGAAAUUAAUAUGUAAUCCAAAGG